AUGACAACUUCAUCAUUAAGUACUACUACUAUAAAUGAAUAUAAUAUUAAUAAUGAUGUCAAUAAUAACCAAAAUAAUUCAUUAACUCCAACAAACUCAAUAACUUCUAAAAUUAUACCAUCAAAAUCAUCUUCAACUAAAUCAACAACUAAUACAACCACAUCUAUAACUACUAAUUCAAAUAUAACUUCUGAUGGUACUAAUAGUCGACAAUACCAACCACAAUCACAACAAAAGAAUCAUCAUUUAAAUCAAUUUGAUUCAGGUCCUUCAUUAGUUGAUAUUUUUUAUUCAGCAAAAAAAUUAUUAAAUUUACAACCAAGAGUUGAAAAUAGACAAUUAAGAAAAAUUAAUAGUAAAACCCAAUUAAAUCAUACUUCAAAUCAAAAAUCUUUUAAUACUUCCUCCUUAUUAUCAUCAUCAGUUAAUAUUGAUCAAUCAAGUCAAUCAUCUCAACAUCAUCAUCAACAACAACAACCACAAAUAAAACAAGUAAAACAAGAAUUUAUUGAUAAUAACAAUAAUGUAUUAGACUUAUUAUCUCCAUUAUCUAUUGAUGAUUUACAAAAUUCAACUAUAAAACCUUAUCAAUUUAGUCCAAAAAAUCAAAUUAAAAACGAUAACAGCAAUAAUAAUGACAGUAAUAAUACUAUUAAUCAAAACAAGUCAUCAAUAGAAACUCCCACCACAUUCAAAGCAAUAACACCAAACUCAGAAACCAGUCCUUCAUCAAGACAUAAUUCUAGACAAAAUUCAAAUACAUCUGCAUCUACAGCAACUUCAAGUAUUUCAGAAACUGAAACAUUGAAACCAAAAUCAAACUUAACAUCAUCAUUACAUAAAUUAAAGGAGUUAAAACCGGAAGAAUCACAACCUAGUUCCACUACUUCAACAUCAUCAACAACAACAACGACAACAACAGAAACUGAAUGUUAUAAUUGUAAAACUCAUAAAACCCCAUUAUGGAGAAAGGAUUCAGAUGGUAAUACAUUAUGUAAUGCAUGUGGAUUGUUUUUUAAACUACAUGGUACAACUCGUCCAUUAUCUUUAAAAACUGAUGUUAUAAAAAAGAGAAAUUCAAGAAAAUCUUCAUUACCAACUUCAUCAUCAUUAAAUUCAAGAUCAUUAAAUAAUAAUCAUAUUAAUUUAGGAAAUAACGGACAAUUUAUAAAUUCUAAACUUGACAAUUAUAAUGCAUUUAAAAAACAACCUAUUGCUAUUGCUCCAUCACCUGGAGUUUCUUCAUUACCAAAUAAUUUAAAUUCUUUAAAUAAUAACGUUAAUAAUCAAAGAUUGAAAAAUGUAUUAAUUUUACCUAAACCAGCAAGUAAUACAAAUUUACAAAAUAACUCAAUCAAUAGUAAAAGUAUACCUAUUCCAAUGAAUAAUCAAAAUCAAAAUCAAAAUCAAAAUCAAAAUCAAAAUCAAACUUCAUUUUCACCUUGUGGAUCAAUGACUUCAUCAAAUUCUUCAUAUUCUUAUACUGUCAAUGAUAAUCAACCUUUUAAAAGAAAAAAAUCAGAAGUGAGUAUUCCAAAUUCAAUUGAACAAAAUAAUUCAUUCAAUAUGAAAAAUAGAAUACCAUCAACUACAAAUUUAUAUCAACAACAACAACAAUUUCCACAACCACAACAAUUUUCAAAUUCAAUAAAACGUAAUAAUUCAAUAAUUUCUUCACAAUCAUUAAGUAGAAGAACUUCAUUAAUUAAUAUUCCAAGAAAAAGUAUUGCUUCUAUUUCAACACCAACAAAUUCAUUAACUUCAAAUAAUAUAAAUUUGUUAAAUCAAAGAUAUCCACAAUCAAGUUACUUUGAUAUGCCUCAACAACCAUCUCAACAACAACCACCUCAUCAAAAUAAUUUAUCAAGACACAAUAGCAAUUCAACAACCAUAAUGAAUAAUCACCCCACUAACAAUCAACAACCUCAAUUUAAUAAUAUUAAUUUAGGAUCAUCAAAUUUUAAUAAUUUAGAUAAUAUAGAUACUCCAAAUUCAUUAAAUUCACCAAAUUUUUAUAAUGGUUGUAAUAUAAAUCAAACAUUAUUUGAAGAAACUCCAACAUCAAUUCCAGAAACUCCAAUAAAUGUUAUGGAUUUAUUACCUUCAUCAUCUUCAUUAAUUUCACAAACUUCAAAUAAUCACCAAAAUCAAAAUCAUCAACAACAACAUCCAAGAGCUAAUCAACAACAACAACACCAGCAACAAUUGAGACAACGAGCAUUACAAGAUUAUAGAGCAAGUAAGCCACCAUUACCACAACAUCAAGGAAUAGACGAUGAAUUAAUAAUGUUGAACCCUACAAUAUCACAAAAUCAACCACAAACAACAACAACCGUUACAAAAGAUGAUUUUUUUAUAACUUCAUUAAUUAAAGAUUAUGAUGAUGAAGAUAGUGAAGAAUUUGAUUUAUCUUCAAUUAUGAAAAAUAAAAUGCCACAACAAGAAGAAGAAAAUGAUACAGAAAAUAAUUCAUCACCUUUAGAUAUGGAAAUUAAUGAUAAAAAUUCUUUACCUCAAUUUACUGAUUUUAUUAAACCUAAUGGUGGUGGUGGUGAAGGUAAUGGUAAUGUUGAAUAUAAAGAUUUAGAUUGGCUUAAAUUUGAAUUAUAA